CCGGCUUUCAGCUUCUGAAUCUCAUCUCAGCCUAUCCACAGGGCGACAUGCGUGCAACCGUACUUGGUCUAGCUAGACGGCAGCUCCUACAUCCCCAACCUCGGCACAUCAACCAGUUCCGCCUGCUGUCUUCUACAGCUGUCCGCCGCGAUGUCCCCUCUUGGCCAAACCCUCCUGUCCCUCAAUCGCCCGUGGGGCCUUCAGACAACCUACAGCCACAAGGAGGAUCUAGCGGAAGCGGAAAGGGGAAGGAGCGCUGGUGGGACGACUGGCUGAAAAGCGCUUCUUUCCAAGCCGCUUUGACUACCAUCGUUGGUCUGGGGAUGGUGUUCGGUUCGGGUAUAGGAUACCUUGAAUGGUACAAGGAUCAUGUUCUCAGAAGGAUCAUGAGGGCGUUCGAACCAGGUUAUGUCAGUUGCCAAGUCCGAGAGGAUACCGAUAUAUGUUGACAACGAUGCAGGAUCCGGCACUGGAACUGUCCAAAUUGAACGGCCCGAAUUCGAGUCAUGUGAAGCGCAGAGAACAGCCCCUCAUUGAUCGAAUUGUUCGAGGUGAAGAGAAGGGUGGUUACUAUCUGAUCAUCGGUCCCAAAGGCAGUGGUAAAGGAACGAUGGUCCUAGAUGCUAUGCGAAAGAUCAACGCCGAUGGUGUCUCUUUCUGUGAAUCACAUCCCGACCUCGAAGUAUUCCGACUGCGAUUCGGAAAAGCUCUCGACUUUGACUUUUACGAAGAUUGGCAAGGGUCCCUCUUCUCCCGAGCAGACCCUCGAAAUGGCGGCCCUGCACUGGACAUUGAGAGGGCUCUGAACAAGCUCGAGAAGGUCGCGCUGAGGUAUGCGCUGAAGAAUGGCAGGCCUUUGGUUAUGGCGUUCAACAACAUUCACCUCUUCCCGAAUACGGAGGAAGGGCACAGCUUGAUCCAUCAGCUUCAACAGCGAGCUGAAGCUUGGGCCGAAGGCGGCAUUUUGACAAUGGUCUUUUCGAGCGACGAUUAUUGGUGCCUCGACGUCAUGAAGAAGAACGCCUCCCGUAUGCGAAUUCUCUCCGUGUAUGACCUUUCCGCUACAGAGUCUCUGCGAGCACUGCGCCACCUGCGUCGGCAGGAGAUCACCCACCGGUUGUCGACAUCAGGCACAGGUGGGGAGGUGCAGUUGGAAAGUGACCAGGAAUUUAGGAGGGUAUAUGAACUCGUAGGCGGAAGGACAAGCUACCUUGCCAGGGUCGCUAGGGCGGAUAACAUGAUCGACGAGGCCGAGGCCAUGAUUGAGAGCGAAAAGCAGUGGCUCUUGUCAAAGAUUGGUCUGAUCCCCGAGCAUGACGAUGAUGUGAUGGACGAGCAAAAGUGGGCGAGCUGCUCUUGGCUCAUCCUGCGCCACCUCGCCCAAGCCGGUCCUACCCUUCACCCUUACCCACCGGUAUUGCCUUCGAUACCAUCCAAGGCCGAUGUUGAGUAUUGCCCCGUCCCCGACGACGACGGCAAACACGUCCGAUCGUCCAGUUCUGUCAACAUCACUCCUCCUGUAGAGAUAUCGAGCGAGGACAUAGUACUACCGAAGGUUACCUAUGAAGAGGCCAGGAGGAUUAUGACGAGGGCAGACUUUUUGGAGGCCCUUGAUCACUACCAUGUGGUCGCGAUUGAUCUUCAACACAAUGUCCGCCCUGAUUCAACCCUCUUGUUGCGUGCGGCGCAACAGGUAAUUGCUGUGGAAGGCUUUGACAAGGAUCUGGACACAACGCGAGACCGUGUCGACCAGAUUGAAGGCUUGCAUCGACAGAACGAGCUGACGGUCAAGGAGCCUUUCCGGGUGAUGUUUGACAAACGUGAUGGGAAGCCGGUAUGGGAAGUCAUCGGUCUUGGAGAGAGCUUUGUGCCAGAGGGAGAGGAUGAGGAAGAAGAGCGACAGGUUUGAGGAACGGGAAUAACUGAGGCAUCCUGCUUUUACAAUACAUGCAUUUCCCAGGCCCUCGCCUGUAUAUACGCAGG